CAGGACAUUUGUAGAAAAUGUUGCAAUCGAUGCGAUUGGGCGGGACUGCCCGUAAGGGUAUUUCAAGAGUACUCGGGUGUACUCGCGGUGUUGCAACGUCCGUCCCCGAUACUCCCAAACCAUCUCCACCGAACCCGGCCGAGCGUCUAUCAAAUCUCGUUCCCCUCCCUCGGUCGGCCACGACCUCCACCCGAAACUUUUCACCCCUCAACAAAACUCCCGAUACAACCUUCCCGCACAACAUUCGCACCUCGUUGACGAUCCGGACGCUCAUGGCAGCGAAUCUCCAUCUCGGCCAUGCACGAGAAUCCUGGAACGAACACAUGCUCCCCUAUAUCUACGGUGAGCGACAGGGGAUUCAUAUCAUUAACCUGGAACAUACGCUUGUCAUGUUACGUCGGGCCAUCAAUGUGACGAGGGAGAUUGCCCUUCGCGGUGGGAAUAUUGUGUUUAUCGGAACGCGCCCGUCUAUUCAUCGCAUCACUGUGGAAGCUGCUAAACGUGCUGAUGGCUAUUUCGUCACCUCGUGGAUUGGGGGUACGAUCACAAACAAGGAACGAGUCCUUCGUCGGAGUGUUGGGUAUGAUCCGGAUAAAGUGGCUCAAAUUUUAAUGCCUGAUGGGGAGGAGAGCAAGGCAAAGGAACAACGAAAGCCGCGAAACCCUCAACCCUACGUCCACACACCUGAUCUACUGAUUGUAUUGGACUACCCGAACAACACUUGGGCAGUACGUGAAGCCAACCAAGCCAAUAUUCCCGUGAUUGCCAUCUGCGAUACGGAUUGCAAUCCACGGAAUGUGCAGUAUCCUAUUCCAGCCAACGAUGAUGCCUUGACGGGUGUGGAAUUGAUUGCGGGGGCCUUGAGUCUUGCGAGUCGAGAGGGGAGGGAUAUGAGGAAGAAGGAGAUUACGCAGCAAGCGAAAAAGUUUCGGGCGUAGUGUCGUGUGGGGUCAUUAGACAGUUUCUACUCUUCUUUUUUUUGCCUUAUGUUGGGAUCAUCCAACAUUAACGACUUUUUUAUCAUUAUUAUGACAAAUAAAUACCAUUGCCAAAACAUAAAUAUUAUAUAUACA